GUCUGAAGACCUGCGUCGUGAAUUUGGUCGUUACGGCCCCAUAGUCGACGUGUACGUUCCGCUUGAUUUCUACACACGUCGUCCAAGAGGAUUUGCUUACGUUCAAUAUCCUUUCUUCAGAUGGCUGAGUAGUGAGGGGUGUUGAAGUUUGAAAUUCAAGUUUAUGUAAGAGAGAAUGUAAAGCUGUACAGUUAUGGCGACCCCAAAGAGAAAGCAUGAAAGAACCUUUAGAGUAGAGUUCAACAAUUAAGGCAAGUAGACAAGCCAAAGACCUCUUAAGGAUCAGGCUUGAAGAGAAGGGAGAGUUUGGGAAAAGAAAAAUAAAGAAAAGCUGGAAGAAGGACAAGCCAUAAUGGGAGACAAAGCUUCGUUUUAUCUACAAAAGGGGGAAAGAGGUUGUUUUUCAAAGUAAAAGAUAAAGCCAUCUGUCAUAUUUGGCCAAGCAUCUCAUGACAAGUCCUUCUGACAAGCACUUAAAGAGUUAAAGGUCAAGAUGAAGUUGAAUGAUGGCCAAGAUUAAAGGAGUCAUACCUGAUUUUGAAGAUGUUCGGGAUGCCGAGGAUGCCCUCCACAAUUUGGACCGGAAGUGGAUCUGUGGUCGCCAAAUUGAAAUCCAGUUUGCCCAGGGGGAUCGAAAAACCCCAAAUCAAAUGAAAGCGAAGGAGGGCAGGAAUGUGUACAGCUCUUCCCGCUACGAUGACUAUGAUCGAUACAGGCGCUCUAGAAGCCGCAGUUACGAAAGGAGGCGAUCUCGGAGUCGUUCUUUCGAUUACAACUACAGACGGUCUUACAGCCCUAGAAACAGUAGACCUACGGGAAGACCUCGCCGGAGCCGAAGCCAUUCAGACAACGAUAGGUUCAAACACCGCAAUCGGUCUUUUUCGAGGUCAAAAUCCAAUUCAAGAUCACGGUCCAAGUCCCAACCCAAGAAAGAAAUGAAGGCUAAAUCGCGUUCUAGGUCCGCGUCGCACACCAAAACUAGAGGCGCCUCCAAACCCGAUUCUAAACCACACUAUAAGUCCGGCUCAAGAUACGAGAAGGAUUCGAGGAAAAAAGACCCGGCUAGGUCCAAAUCCCAGUCAAGAUCACAGUCUCGAUCUAGGUCAAAAUCCAGGUCACGGUCUUGGACUAGUCCCAAGUCCAGUGGCCACUAGUGACCACAGUGUAACCAUGAUGUUAGGGGGCAUGUAUCGUUCAUUUACACACAGUUCAGUUUACUUAAAUUAUCAGGAAUAUGAUGUUGCCGCAGUGCUAAAAGAGAAUUUUUUUUUUCUUUUUGUCAGUUUUCCCUGUAGCAGGCAAUGGUUACGAUUAAAAUAAUGUGCUGUUGAGAAGCCA